UUUACCAACAGCUGCAGUGGUUUGGUUUCUCUCUUCUUUUUUUCUUGUGCAAAAUAUGAAGAUUAAUUUUGCCCCCUGGAACGUGCCCUGCAGCAGGAGGUUGCAGACGGCUGCUGUGCUGCAGUGGGUCUUCUCCUUCCUUGGACUGGAGCCACUGUGUUUAUCAAUAAGCACAUUGAUAAUUUCAAAUUCCAUCACAUUCUGCCAUUAUAAUUCUUAUUUUUCCUCCCAGUUGGUGAAGACAGCUGACCUGGACCCCAGGCACAACUACGUGUUUGGCUUCCAUCCUCACGGCGUGCUGGUGGCAGGAGCCUUCACCAACUUCUGCACCUACGCCACAGGCUUCCCCCAGCUGUUCCCGGGACUCACCAGCUACCUGCUCAUGUUGCCCCUAUGGUUCAGGGCCCCGUUCUUCAGGGACUACAUCAUGUUAGCAGGUCUCAUUCCUUCAGACCAAGAGAGUGCCAGCUAUCCCCUGCAUUGUAAGGGUGGCGGUAAUGCUGUCGUAAUAGCAGUUGGUGGAGCCCCUGAGGCCCUUGAUGCACAUCCCGGUACCUACAAUGUUGUCUUAGCUAAGAAGAAAGGGUUCAUCAAAAUGGCCAUGAAACACGGUGCUCAUCUGGUACCGGUGUUCUCUUUUGGAGAGAAUGAAGUGUUUGAUCAAGUAGGGAACCCAAGAGGAACCUGGCUUCGGUGGACACAGGAACGGCUGCAAAACAUCAUGGGUAUCUCCUUGCCUCUUUUCCAUGCUCGUGGCAUUUUCCAGUACUCCUUUGGUCUGAUGCCCUACAGAAAACCCAUCUAUACAGUAGUGGGACGGCCUAUCAGGGUGGAGAAGAACAACAAGCCAACAGCCAUGGAACUCGAUGACCUUCACCAGCUUUACAUGGAUGAACUCAGCAACCUGUUUGAGGAGCACAAAGCCAAGUAUGGUGUGGAUGACGACAUACACCUGAACUUUGUCUAGACUGAACAAUGGAUGGAAUAUUUAUUUCUAUACAUCAGGACCAUGUUUCUUGAAAACAUCUUAAAUCUCCUAUUGUUAGUUGAAGAUCAUCUAUAAGUGCUUUUGGCAAACUUGACUUCAUGCUGCAGAUAAUUUUACAUUUUGCAGAGUUCUAUAAAUGUGAAUUUAACCUGUUAAUCUGGAAGAAAUUCAGAUGGUGGAACAAGGCACAAAAUGAUUAAUGCGCCAGCUCUGAGGGAAGAUGUGAUUCUUUCAUGCGUGCAUGUCAUUUGGAAAUUUUGUGUUUAAAUUGUAACACAAUGAGGGGAAAAUGCCAAUGAUGCAAGUUUUCUGUUUUGGCCCAACAAUUUCUCAAAUAGAGACAAAGGUUGAAAAAUGUUGCAAAAUGACAUGAAGGGCAGUCGUGUCCAAACACACCAAUAA